CAUUACCUACUGAAAAUGUCUUCCCUCUCCAUCUAUCUCCUAACAUUUUCUCUCCUUCUCCAAACCAUUUAUGGAGCAAGCCCUCUCUUCCAUUUCUGUUCAAGCUCUGGCAACUUCACCGCCAAUGACCCUUACGAAUCAAGCCUAAGACAGCUCUUGGGCAAUCUUUACUACCAGACCCCUCCCCAGGGUUUUGGUUUUGGUUCAGUGGGUCAGGAUCCGUACAAAACUUAUGGGCUUGCUCUUUGUCGUGGUGACGUUCAAGCCGCAGACUGCAGGACUUGCGUUAAUGACGCCAGCGCCGAAAUUCGCAAACGCUGCCCAUAUAACAAAGGUGCGAUCAUAUGGUACGAUAAUUGUCUUUUGAAAUACGUCAACACUGAUUUCCUUGGCAAAAUUGAUAAUCAAAACAAGUUCUAUAUGUGGAACUUGAGAAACGUUAGCGAGCCCACAACCUUCAACCAAAAAACAAGGGAGUUGUUGAGCCUACUGGCUAAAGAUGCAUCUGCGACUCCAAAACUGUAUGCAGCUGGAGAGUUGGAGCUUGAAAAAUCGAAGAAGCUCUAUGGCUUGGCCCAAUGCACUAGGGACCUUUCUGGAAGUGAUUGUUUCAAGUGUCUUGAUGGAAUAAUUGGUGAACUUCCUCGUUGCUGUGAUGGGAAAGAAGGAGGAAGAGUCGUUGGUGGGAGUUGCAACUUUAGAUAUGAGAUUUACCUCUUCGUCAAUGCUUAGAUUAUAAGUGUUCUAGAGUGUUCUAGAGUUUAGUAUCGUCUAUAUAUACAUUAUAAACAAAAAUAAAGUCUUUGUAAGAACACCUUUAUGAUUCUCCGUUUUGGAGGAUUGCAAUAAUAUUACCUACUUUUUA